AUGCGGGUAUCUUAUGAUUUUAUUAUUAAUGAAAAACAAGCUAAUAAAGAAAAUGUUUUUGUAUGUUUACAGUAUGAAGGUUACGAAGAAGUCAAAAAUCAAAAUAAAGAAAUAGAUGAGUUAGAAAAUCAAGCGGCAAUAUCUGGUAAAAAAGUUGAUCGUCGUUUGCUGAACAAGAUGAUUGGUGAUAGAGAAUCAAUCUAUCAUAAACUUGCCAAGUUGAAAUCUUUAUACGGUUUAAUACCUAAAAUAUCCAAUUGA